GCAUGACUUUUUCGGACCUAUGAGGUGACAAGUCAUUGAUUUUGAAAAGAUGAUGAUACGUCCGUUUCUUCCAUCGUCAGUCCAAGCCGUGAAAUGGGCUGCGGGGUUACCGUUACGACUGCUGUCGUCCCAUUCGUCUCACUCUGCCGCAGAUUACUCUGAAUUCGAUUCGGAAAAGCGGCCUACGUCUUUAAAAGCUUUGUAUCUUCAUUUGGGUCCGGGUCAAUCCACCGACCGAUUAGUGUCGCAAUUGGCGGGUGAUGUGAUUUACCAAUCGGACCAGGAUGAUCCUCAUGGAGUGGUGGCCUUCAACAAACCCCCUGGGUUGGCCAAGUCCGGACCCAUCUCGGUCGAAGCCUUGGCUCAGCCUUUGGCCGAUCGAUUGGGUCUGGCCAGACUAAUUCCCAUUAAAUGCCCCGAAAGGCAUACCAGUGGCGUGGCCCUAAUGGCCACCAAUGAAAAGUCGCAACAACGCGUCCUCAAAUUACUUCGCGCGGCAAAGGCCUCCACUUGUCUUACCCACAAUUACCAUGUCCUCACUAAUCACUUCCCGAGAUUACAGGGUCAGGCUGACCUAGUGGAGCAAAGCAUUGUCUUGAUUGGCAAUCGGAACGCGGAAAAGCACGGCACGCAUAAAGAACCCAUAAUCUCAAGAAACAUGACAAGUCUCAGUCGGAAGGAGAGCUUGAAAAAGAAACGCAUCGAUCCCCCAGAGAAAAUCCGGGUUUAUGUCCAAUGCCUUGCCAAAUCCGGAUUGGGACCGGCUGCUCUAGUUUCCAUCCAACCCUCCAAGAUUCGGUCCAUGUUUCUCCGAGUCUACAUGAACGAUCUCUUGGCCCCCAUCAUCGGGGAUCACAGCUUUAGCUACCGAUCGCGUUCGAUCAUGGGCGUCAUGACCAAAGUCAGCCAUAAACAAUCUCCGCCUUAUAAUCCGAUCCAGGUGCUUCCUCGAUGGAUCAUGGAACGAAUCGGAUUAAAUAAGGGUGAAGAAAGCCUCGUUCCUUGUAUGAUUCAUUUGACACGCUUCGCAGUUCCGCAUUUCUUCAAGAAAGAUGAGCACCUUCUAUUGUUUGCACCAUACCCCAAGUACUUCUCAAAAACCGCCCAAGCCUUAGGAAUCGCCUUGAAACCGCAAGAGUGGAAUGAUCUAGAUCAGCUUUUGUAUCACAAAGUUUAAAUGGGAAAACGAAACGAUUAAAUUCAAGAUGACGCGAGCCAAACAUAUGAGCGAAUGCUGCCCACUUCAAACUGUGUUCAUGUUAAACUAAAAAGCGAAUAGAACAGAACGGGUUUCUCGAACUUAAAACCUAAACGUCCUCAAUGCCAGUUGUGAACAAACCAUCGACCAUGAAGGUGGCUCUUAUCUGGAUAUUUAUCGUGCUUGUGGGAGGCGCGAACGCUAUUAAAUGCUAUUAUUGUGAACCCGGGGAUGGGAAAGAUUGUAAGCAUCCGGAGGACUUCAUGACCAAGGAUUGUCCGAGCAUGACUCAAUGCAACAAGAUCGAGCAUUACUCAGAGUAUCCUUAUUAUGAAACCAGGGACUGCGACAUGGGGGAUACAUAUGAUGGAUGCCGAGAUUUGAGAGGCGAUUAUCCGGAUCGUUAUUGCUAUUGCCAAGAGGAUUUUUGCAAUGGGGUUGGGGCACUUCAAUCGUCAGUGUCCGUGCUAAUAAUCGCGACGAUUCUAUUUGUGGGUCUGUCAUUAUGCAACCCAAGUAUGUAAGCCGAUAUAAAGAAAUUGGUCAAUGUUAUAAUAGACAGAAAAGAUAACGUU